UCAGUCAUCACUGCCAUUAAACGUAUGGAGGGCGUUUCAAUUAUUCUAAAGAAAUAGUGCUUAAUAGACGGGAAGACAUCGCUAAAUUUUAUUAGGCUUUCAAAAUUGUAGAUGAAGCAGUAAUUUCGCAAUGUUUUCGACGCUCCCAAGAUCAUUGUUACACAACAAAAGCUCCGGUUUUCCAACCCGGGUGCUUGCACUAGCCCUAGCGAAAUGCCCUGCCAUCGGCGAAUGCUCUUCCCCGACCCGUGCACACCACGAGGUCACCGGCGACAUAUUAUGCCCCAACAUGGUUCGAGGAAUAGAUCAUCUGAAAGACCCUCGUCUUAACAAGGGCCUCGCCUUCACCUUAGAAGAACGACAAUAUCUUGGCAUCCAUGGCCUCUUAGCAGCCAAGUUCAAAACGCAAGAAGAACAACUGGAUAUCUGCAGGAUUUCUAUAGACAGAUACGAGGACAAUUUGAACAAAUAUCUCUACCUCGUCGAGUUACAGGACAGGAACGAGAAACUUUUCUUCAGGCUUCUCUCGGAGAACGUUGAGAAAUACCUGCCGAUUGUUUAUACGCCGACCGUGGGUUUAGCUUGCCAGAGAUUUGGCCUCAUCUACAGAAGACCAAGAGGUCUGUUCAUUACAAUUAACGAUAAAGGACAUAUUUUCAACAUUCUUAGAAACUGGCCUGAACCCGACGUGAGAGCCAUUGUAUUCACUGACGGUGAAAGAAUCUUAGGUCUCGGCGACCUUGGAGCUUAUGGCAUGGGCAUUCCUGUGGGUAAACUGUCACUUUACACUGCCCUAGCCGGCAUUAAACCACAUCAGUGUUUGCCCAUCACCUUGGACGUUGGAACCAACAACCAGGAUCUCCUAGAAGACCCCCUUUACAUCGGUCUGAGACAGAAACGUGUACGUGGUAAGGAGUAUGACGAUUUUAUCGACGAAUUCAUGGAAGCCUGUGUAAAGAGAUACGGACAAAAUACCUUGCUGCAGUUUGAAGACUUCGCGCUUCUGAACGCCGGGCGCCUGCUAGAGAAGUACCGCAACAAGUACUGCACGUUCAAUGACGACAUCCAAGGCACUGCCAGCGUGGCCGUCGCGGGCCUUAUGGCCGCCGUGCGCAUCACCAAGAGAAAACUCAGCGAAAACAUCUAUAUGUUCCUUGGCGCAGGAUCUGCCUCCAACGGCAUCGCACACUUGGCUUGCGCCGCGAUGAUGCAAGAAGGCUUGACGGAGCAGCAAGCGCGCGACCGCGUGUACAUGUUCGAUAUUGAUGGACUAUUGUCCACUAAGCGCGAGGGCGGAGUUCCGUCGCACGCGACCGCGUUUGGCAAAAACAUCGAACCCAUGAAGGACUUUGCUGCUGCUGUCGCGAAGAUCAAGCCCAGCUGUCUUAUUGGUUGCUCGACGGUGGGCGGGACAUUCACCCCGGAGAUUCUGAAGCAGAUGGCCAAGAACACUGACAGGCCCGUCAUAUUCGCGCUCUCGAACCCCACUAGCAAAGCGGAGUGCACCGCGCAGGCGGCUUUUGACAACACUGAUGGUAAAUGCGUGUACGCGUCCGGAUCUCCGUUCCCGCCAGUGAAGCAUGGCAACAAGGAGUACCAUACGGGGCAGGGCAACAACUCGUACAUCUUCCCGGGCGUCGCGCUCGGCGCAGGGACGCAUCACACCACUGCCGCCAGGACUCUUGCUAACUUUGUCAGCGACGAAGAUUUGGCUAUUGGACGCAUCUAUCCGCCACUGGCCCAAGUGAAAGAAGUAUCUCUUCAGAUCGCAGUUGAAUGCGCCAAGAUGGCAUACGAGGAAGGUCUAGCCUCAUUGUACCCAGAACCAAAAGACAUCGCCAAACACGUUGAAAGCCAAAUCUACGAUUUCAACUACGAAACCGCCAUGCCGGAGGUCUGGCAAUGGAAACCCGAAGAAACAUUCGAAGUGCGCCCCAUACAGCCUGUUCCCAAAAAUAUUUAAACACGGUGAACUUGUUAUGAACAAGCUUUACUUGUCAACACUAACGCAUUUCUCCCACUUUUCAGUAACAUGUUUGCAUGAGGUAAUAAUAAGACAAUAGAAAAUCAUGCAAAAGCGGUACGUAUGACUUACAUUAAAGUAUUAACCAGUUCUCACUAAUUAAAGUACCCAGUCCAAGUAACCUUUAUAUGUAAGUAUUUAUUUUCAAGUAGAAAACUAGUUGUUCCUGCGUAUUAGCACAUGCAGAAGUUAGUAGUUUUAGGAAACAGAGUUCAAAUAUGUGUAUUUAUAUUCACGUUGUCGUGAUGCCUUUCUAAGGUUCGUAUUCCAACUAGCGCGCCGCUAAUCAAGUUAGGUAAAAUAUGUAAGACAGGUUUUAUACUGGAUAUUUGAUAUUCUAACUAAGUCCAAUGAGGAGGCACACUGAAAGGUUAUGACAGAUGGCGCCACCCUAUUAGUCCAUUGCACAGGUAAAGAAUUUCACACGUAAGAGCGAGAAGAUGAUAUGUUUUUUCUCUCUCACAUAUGAAUGACAGUGACAUGCCUAGGCACUUGAACAGGCGCCGCCUGGCGGGAUAAAAUGUCAGUCUGCCUCCUCGUUAUAUGUCUGCGUGCAUUACUUAUGACCCUAGACACUUUUCUCAGAAUUCAUGGUGUACAACUAAUUAAAAUUAAAAAAAUUGGCUGACAUUGCUCAACCAUAAAAUAUUACACAUCGUGCAAUAGUGGAUACGUACCGUCGUUGGGUGUCAGAGUAUUCUGGUAUUUAGUCGUUGAUUGCGUAUUUUGACCAUUUGGACUUGAAAAUAUAUCCUAAUCUUCAGUAUACAUUCAACCGUGAAAGGCGCAUUUAAAGUAUUAUACAAAUAAAAAAACCAUUAACCUGAAACUUCAGAUGUAGUUUAGGUUUAGUUACUUUUCAACAAAGCGCUAGAUGGGAUUCGUACCAGCUUCAAUUACACGUAAUAUUAAUAAACAAUAGUAUUCUAAAAAGUACUUAGUAUUUCAUGUUCAUAGUUAAAAAUCGGAUGUAGAAAUUAUUGUUUAAUUUUUGACUAAAUGGAAUGUUAUUUAAUAUUUAUUUAGUAAUUAUUAACUAUCACGUUUGUAAGACAAUUAACAUUGAAUGUGUGUAUGUAUUUCAUCGUUAAAAUCCAUUUCAUUUUGAUGAAUGUUGUGAGCGUUUCAAACAAUAAAUAAUACAUAGUAAAUAUAACCUUAAAAAUAAAGCUCUAGUCAUUGCAGCAUAAAAAAGUGUCCUAAAGCAUACAAAGUGCAAGUCGUGAUGUGUUUAAAUGCAUUUUCUUAUUAUGUUACAAUUUUGACAGUAUCGAAUCAAGUAUUAUAUGGCGACAUGAAUAACAUUUCUAUUAGCAAAUUUUACAAAGCAUUAAUGUCAUUAGUUAGGUCUCAUUUUAUAGAAAACUUAAAGCGUUGUUAGUGUCAUUACGCUGGUAAAUAUGAAAACAAUUAUUAUCAAAUUUUUGGAAAAAGUAUGGUUAUUCCCGAAAAAUCGUCUAAAAAAAUUCCUAGCCCAUAAAGUUCUCUUAGGGCCAGUUGUAUCAACCACAUUUGAAAGACAUGGAACUUCCCAUACAAUUAAAUUUAACAAAUGCUUUAACGAUGACAAACGGUUCGAUGCAAACGGCCCUUAGUCUUCACAUGUCUUGCAUGGACAUGCUUGAUGAAAAAAAAACGUGUUUUGUUUUCUGCUAGAUGGGACCUAAAUAAAAUACUAAUAAAGUAAUAAUUAUAAGCAAUGAAUUGUCUCCACUACUCGAAGGUGUCUGUCUAUUGACUUUGUGAGGUGUAUAUUUGUAUAAUUAUUUUUAUUUAUUUUAUACAUAUUUUACCUACUUUCGUUUAGUUUUCUUAUUUUUUUAUUUAUUGAAUCAUAUUAACUUUACUAUUCAAACACAAAAUGUUCGCAUUAUUGGAAGUAAGAGUAACAAGUGAUAUACAAAAACACUAUUAUAUUAUCCUAAAACAAACACUAGUGGUCUCAAUUUCGUAACAAAAAUGUGUUGAAAUAUUAAACUAUAAAAAUAUGUUAAGCUAGGAAAAAUCAACAUACAGACACUAAGUUCACCUCAUUUUUCCAUCUUUCGUACCUACUUGUUAUUUAGUUCUCAUGAAUAUAUUCGAGUAGUACUGGAACCUGAUUGCUACGUAUGAAAGUACGCUAAAAUUAUAGUUAUACACGUAAACUAGAGUAAAUUCAUAUUAGUUUAAAAAAUAUAGGAAUCUGGGUGGCUAGCCGAAUGGCACAAUCGCUCACGAAACGCUCACGAAACGAAGCGCUAGUAGAUAUCUAUCUCUAUCGCGCUUGCGUAUUGGCGCGACAGAGCCAGCGGCGUAUCGCUUUCGUUUGGCGUCGGAGAAAUGCCAUUCAGCUACGGGGCCAGAUUUCGUUAAGUAUUAUUUUUUAUGUUCAGUAUUUGAAAACAGUGAGACUUGUUCUUCGCAGGGCGAAACAUUUACCUCUUUAAACGUAUUUGUAAGUAUUACAAUGUCAUAAUUUAUUUUUAAUUAGGUUCGUAUCUGUCGAUACAAAGUGAUAUGUUGCUGUGACGAUGUAUGUUAAAAUGAUUAACCUGUACGAUGUAAAAUUUGUUUCGAAAAAUCGACCACGGGUUGCAUUAUUUAAUUUGCAUAUUAUUGACAUCAUGGAAUUAAUAUAAAAUAUAUUUCACAGGCGGUGAAGUCAGCCAUUGGCAACAUUCACUUGUUUUUUGGUCAAUUAAUAAUUUUGGACUCACACCAGCGUCCUGUUUACAAUAUAGCGACGUAGAUCAAUUUUAUGAAUUAUUUUACGUAUACCUCUUACAAUUUUAUCACAGGUUUAUUGUUUAGGUCGGUGUAGUUGAAAACUGUUGCAUACAAUUAUGGAUGUUACUAAAAUAAACAUGUUCUAAACAAUAA